AUGACAGGCUAUGCGCGUGAAGAUGAAGUCGCAUCAGCAGCUGAUCUCGAAUCCGGUUCACCGCCGUAUUCAAGGUCAGAUUCCCCUUCGCCUGAUCAACCUCUGAUUUCCCGUCAACCUCGGAAUGAGAGAAACCGUUACAGAGAUGACGACGACAGUGCCCCUCGUCAAUCAAUUGAUUCAUACCAAUAUAGCGACGACAUUGAACGUCUAGAAGGGGACUCACAACGCUCACGCACUCGGUAUUAUAGUACUACGACUUCCACGAGUUUAAGAUAUAAGUCGAAGAAAUAUACAUCCGCGAUAGCGAGAUGGAUAAAAGGACCGGUUCCACCAGAAACUUUGAAAAUAAACCCAAUCUUCCCAGAUAUACAAGCAAUUCCUAUCAGGAUCCUCGAUAAUCUUUGUCCUAAAAAGCGUACAAAGAUUAUUGCCUGGUUGCUUGCUUGCGCGAUAUGGAUUACCGCGUUCGUUCUGGUCGUUCACUAUUCAUAUUUCGCUGGAGAUGAGAUGAUGUUGGGCUGUAGUACUAAUCUCUGGUCGAAGAAUAGCGGAUGUGGAAUCAACGGCAUCGAUUGUCGCUCUUUCGCUAAUUCAACCUUUAAAUUCCGUUGUCCAACCGAUUGCGGCUCCGCCAGAUUGUUGGAACCAUACACUGUUGGUACCCAACAACUUAACUACCAAUCACUGGUCGUGGGGGGCGGCCUACCUUCACUAGGAGUUGAUCCAGAAACCCGGUACUACCGCGCGGACUCCUUUAUUUGCCUUGCUGCCACUCAUGCCGACAUCUUACGACCCAACAAAGGAGGAUGCGCGCGUCUUCGCAAAACAGGGAUGCAGGCCGCAUUCCCAGGGUCGAUCUCCAGCGGAAUAGAAUCUGUUCCGUUUGACGCACCAUUCCCGUACUCCUACACGGUUGAAGGUCUUGAAGACUCUGAACCCUGCACCGACCUCCGAUGGACCGCAUUUAGUGUAACUUUGGUUUUCAACAUUAUCAUAUCCUUGUUUACGACAAAUCCCACGGUGUUUUUCUGGACUCUUUUCUGCAGUAUAUUCUGGGAAGUAGCCAUGGCAGGCGACCCGCCAGGUCAUGCCAGUCCAUACGACCUCAUAGCUAUUGGUGCGACCAGGUUCCUACCAACGGCAUUUGCCGCAUAUGUUAUAGAGCGGAUGGUAGUUCGUCGUACUCUUCGAGAUCUGAAUGCUCAAUUCGAAAAAACGGUUUUAUGGGUCGGUGCCUGUUGGUUCGGAGCGUUGAAUAACUAUACCUUUGACAAAUGGAUACCGAUCUCGAGACUCACACCGCAUGACUUAAAUCAACAACCCGGAGCCAAAGCUGCACUAGCAAUUAUCGUCAUAGUGUUGGUCGGUGUAGCUGUAUUCCAGGCUCUGCAUAUCAGAAGGGAAGGGAAUAUGCAAAAAUAUCUAUGGUUCUACGCCGCCGUUGCCGUCGGGUUGGGAUUACUUAUCGCCGUUCCUGGUGUGAAUUUGAGGAUACAUCACUACAUUCUAUCACUGCUUUUAUUACCUGGAACGAGGAUACAGACACGGCCGUCUCUUAUUUAUCAGGGGCUAUUGAUGGGAUUAUUCAUCAACGGACUAGCAAAAUGGGGCUGGGAUGGAGUUCUACAGACAAGUGCUGAACUGAGAGGGGACGCACUUCUUGGGAGCAUAUUACCCCAAGUCGAGAAUGUUGUCGUCAUGGCUGGAAACGUGACGAUAGGAUGGACAACUAUCGAGAAGCCCUGGGACGCAGUCAGCGUAAUCGUCAAUGACGUUGAGAGGUACAGGGGCAGCGAGAGUUCUGUUGUGUUACAGCGGCGGACUAUAGGGGAGAUUAUGCAGCAGAGUCUUUGGGAUAAUCCUGGGACCGAGAACUUGGCCGGGGACCAAAGUCCCUUCGGGAACGAAGAGGUAGAGAAGAUGUAUAUUCGGGUAGGAUACGUGAGAGGCAGUUUUGUAGGAGACUACACGAGGGCUGGAACGGUGUUUUCGAACGGUACUUGGGCUGAAAUGGAAGCGGGUGCUAGUUGA